GUGGUGUGGGCAUUCGGCGGCAUCCGUCUCGGGGCGUCCCUUCGAGCGCCAGCGGGUGCGCUUGCGGAGAGAGGAGGCUUCUCCCUGCAGGUGGUGGAGGAGGAGGUGGGCGAGGAGGGGGAGGACGCACUUCGGGCGAAUUGUUUUAAUGAGACUGGGGCAGCCUCAGCAUGGGAUCGCGCGGGCUCGAGAUGUGUGCGCGCGCCCCCCUUUAGUAGUGUCCUCAUGGAGAGCUGCCCGCGGUCAACGCAUUGUCGAGGCGAUGGCGGAGUUAAGCUUUCAAUGAGGCCGUUUAACUUUUAG